CCCGCGGGCUGGGGCGCCGGCUCUGCCCGCCAGGGUGGCCCUCGGGUCACCGCCCCAGCCCCACAUACUCCCUGCCAGCCUUGGUCUAGGGGACUUCCCUCUGUCUCUGGUCUUCCGGGUCUCUGUGUCCGGCUCGGGUUCCUGCUCGCUCUCAUCCCUGGGUUCUCUUUAUCUCUCACAUCUGUUCUCUGUGUGGCCCAGUCUCUCCCUGUCUCUGUCUUUCCCCGAGAGUUGUCUCACCCUUACGUACACUUUCCAGCAGGGCCCACCUCUUUGGGGUAGGACACGACCCCUCCCCUCCAGUUAGCUGGAGGCGGGGACCUGUGCAGACCCACCCUAGCCCAAGCUUGCCCCAGAGGGGGAGGGGAGGACUAUCCCGGUGGGGCUGGGGAGGGUUAUUACAGGACCCAUAGCUUCUCUUGGGAGGGAGUGGCAGAAAGUGACCCUUCAAAUUCCUGGACUAGGGCAAAAUCCACCCCUUUUCUGCCCCUGGAGCCCUUUUCUCUAGAAGGAGGAGGCUUGGAGAGAGCCUGGCUGGGGCUGGCUUAGGGCAACUGGGAGUCCCUGUGAGAGCUGCCUGGUAUUCAAGUCAGGGUCAGGUCUGGAGCUAUUGAAGGGGAGAGGGAGGGGCCAGGGAGGGGCCAGAGCGCUGGCUGAGAGCCCUAGGAGCUGCAGUAAGCUCCCCACCUCCACGCCAGUUAUAGGCCUGGAAGGUGGGGAGGGGAUCUGCAGGAAGAGGCCUGUGGGACUUUUGCAAAUGAGACAAGGGGAGAUAGUGACAGAAGUGACAGACUGUCAGGUCUAAGGAGCACUUAACUGGAGUCAUUCCCUGCCUUCAAGGCCCUCCUGAGCAUCAGAGAGACAGACACCUUGGAAAUAACUGUAAAUAAGGUGUUAUAGCAGUUGUGAGGUGGAAAUUAUCAAUUCUAACUAUGAAUGGGGGAAGGGAGACUUUGCAGAAGGAAGCAGAACGUUUGGGAACAAAGGGAGCAGAGGGGGAUGGGGACAUCUAGUGCCCUGUAGGCUUUGGAUGCAGCAGAACUGGAUUAGAAUCCUGACCCUGCCACUUUCUUGCUGUGUGAUCGUGCAUGAGUCACUUCACCUCUCUGAACCCUAGGUUCCUCUCAGACAAUAAUCCAGAGCUUAGAUUAGCAGAAUCAAGUGAAUCAAUGAGUAUGCAGUGACCAGAAUGGUUAACUAGUCUGAGAGCAGGCCAGUGGGAGUGUUUUAAGGAGGGAAUGGUGUGGAGAAGCCCUGAGGUUUCCCCUGUGUAUACAGAACAGUCGGACAGGGCCUGCCAGGUCCCAGCAACAUGGCACACGGGUGGAGUUCCUGGGUGUAUGGGUGGCACUCAUUGAGGCAAAGAGGCCCCACACCUGGCUGUCUCCUGAUUGGACCAUCCCUGCACCACCUAGACCAGGCUGGCCUCCCUCUUGUUGGCCUCAGGAUCCAACAGAAGCUCCCAGGGCUCCUAGACCAGUGGGUGGAGCUGCCUCUCUGCAGAGUGGACCCUGGCCAGGAGCCUGGCUGGCUGUCCUGGGCAGGAACAUCCCAGUCUGGCUGGGAAGAUGCUGACGCUGUGCAGGCCCCACGGAGGCCCAGAGCUCUGCUGGCUAGAGCCUGGCCCAGCUGAUGAGACCUGGGCUGCAGGGUGAGACAGAGGCUGGGAUGGGAGUGAAAAGGGAGUGUGCAAGGAGAGACCCCUGGAGAGGAAGCCUGAGCAGAGGUACAGAACCAGAGAUGAAUUUCAUUGGGUCAUUCCCCAAGCCUUUCCUGAGCACCUACUGUGUGCCAUGUGUAGGUUUGCCAGUCACAGAGCUGAAUGGGAUAUUCACAAAGUGCUCACUGUCAUGGUGGCUUGAGAUUUGUUUGGGGUUUGUAGAGUGGGUCUGUAUGACAGUCCCCUUGGUGGGGACUGGCUUCAGAACUUCCCCAGGGCCCAAGACUCUGAUGCUUUUUAAAGAGGGCAGGAUUCUACCCCUUUUUAGUCUGUGGGCCUAUCGCUUUUUCCCCUGGGUCUCAAUUUCCCUUUCUGUGAAAUGGGUAGGGGAGAUGCACCUAGAGUCUCUACAGAUCUUCAAAUACCCAUGACUAUAACCUCAGGAUGUGGUUUGGGACUUAGCCCCCAUCCUCGUCCCAUGGGGCAAGAUCAAGGUUGAGUUUGAUAGGCCCAUAAGUCCUGUUCUUGGCCUGUGUUCUCUAAUCAUAAUUAGAACCACUGCCUCUUAAGUACUUACUGUACACAGCAUUCUGUUCUAAGCCUUUAAUGUGCAGCACUAAUUCAUUUAAUCCUUCCAAUCGCAUGAGGGAAGCAUUAUCCCAGUUUUGUAGGAGUUUAGGGAGUUGAAUAGACUUGACCAAAGUUACCCGGUUAGAAAGUAGCUGAGCUGGGAUUUGAAAUUAGGUUCAACUCUAAAGCCCAGACUUGACUAAGUGGGAGAGCCUUCACCCCAUGGGUACCGAGGUACCCACAUUGCUCAGCCCUUACCUGUGGAACUGCCUGAUCCCUGCUGGAGCAAGCUCUGAGCUCUGGGAUGUUCAGGCUCCCUUAGCUGAGGAACAGCUGUGCCACCUAUGCUAGGUGCUCCCUGGGCUGAGGGGGCAAUUUGCAAGUCAGGGCCCACCAGGGGUUUCCCCAGAGGGCCAGCCCCACCCAACUACUGCCCAGGUGUAAGAGCUGGGCAUUGCAAGGCAACCUUGGGUAUGUAGCCAAUUUUGUACCUCAGUUUCCCCAUCUGGAAAACAUGGGUUUAAGUGAGCACAGACAUUCCCUGAUCUGUGGGAUAGUGGCUGAGCCCAGGUAAGGGGUUAGAGGAGAGGUUGGGGUGUCAGCGACUAAGCCCGUAAAGGAGGAGCUGGGUCAGGAACAGCUUGGAUCCUGGGCUAGCUGUUGGACAACAACUAUUUUAGAUGAAGGGACUGAGGUUGGAGAAGUUCAAAGGCUUGUCUGGGGCUGUGCAGUCGUACCACAGAGACUGAGGGGAAAAAUCAAGGGAAAGCCUGGAGAACAAAAUCCAGGCAGUUGAGAGCUGGAAUCCUGGCUCAGCCACUUAACUAGGCUUGGAGAUGUGAAGUGACAGAUCCAAUGACACAGAGAGAGGAAUCCCUUCACCUCGCUGUCCUCAUCUGUAGUGGGACUGGUGAUAAUUUCUCCUUUGUCCACUUCCUGAUUACUGUGCUGGUUAAAGGAGAUGAGACAUCUGUAGAACCAGGUGAGAAUGCGGCCGCUGGUUCUCUCUCAGCCCAAAGCUGCACUUCUGGGUGUGUGUUUGUGGUGGGGGGACACUUCUGACUGCCCCUUGUUGAGACGCUGGAGAGCAGCCCUAAGAAUAACUCCACCAUCUAUUGAGUAGUUACCAUGUACCGGCUCGGUGUUCAAUUUCACCUCUCAUUGUCUCAUUUAGUCCCUAUAGCAACUCUGGCAGGUAGGUGGUGUCUUCACCCAUGCAAAGUCCCUCCAAAACCCAUGCCUAUAGCCCCCUGUAAUAAUAGUAGCUAAUACUUAGGUUACUGUGUGCCAAGCAUUGUUCCAGAUGUUUUACAUAUAUUAAUCCAUGUAAUUCCCACACCAAUGCUGUGAGGUGGAUACUAUAAUAAUAUUCCCCCCAUUUUACAGAUAAAUAAAUGAGGCAUAGGGAAGUUUAGAAAAUGGUCUGAAUGUCACAAAUAGUAGAGCUGUAAAUCAGGAUUUGCCCAAGUUCUCAAGUCUCCUCCUUGAAGCACACAUCACAGUUAUAAUUCAGAAAUAUUUACAUGAUUGCCUCCUCACUGCACUGGAGGCUCCCUAAGGGCAGGGACCGUGUCUGUCUUCUUUAGGCCGUAUCCUCAACCCCCGGCACAUAGUAGGUGCUCAGUUAAUGUUUGUCCCACUUUCUAGUGGGCUGGGCACUGGGAGGCCUGAUGAGCUCAGGGUAGAUUAUCAGAUUGUUACUGACUAGGAGUGUGCCUGCCCCAGAGGCAGAGGGAGGGCAAGGUUCCCUGCUGGCCAGGCCCUGCUCAAGAGGGGGCCCCAAAGACCUUGUUUGCGGGUUGUGCUCUGUGUCUCACUGCUGUCCUUUGCUUCCAUGUGCUCCUCCACUGGUGAUGUCUCCAUGGCCUCUCUCCGACUGGCUGUCUGACCCCAAUGGCUGCUUCUGGCAACAUCAUGACAACAGAGAAGAGUUUAGUGGCUGAGGCCGAAAAUUCACAGCACCAACAACAGAAGGAAGAGGGUGAGGGAGCCACAAACUCAGGCCACCAAGAAACUCUGCUGGAUGAGGCUUCUGGAACAGCAGCUGAGGGAGAUAAUCAGUGUGACCAGAAGCUGAAAACAUCUAAUGGAGACACUCCUACACAUGAAGACUUGACCAAGAAUAAGGAGCGGACAUCAGAAAGCAGGGGCCUGUCACGACUUUUCUCCUCAUUUCUCAAAAGGCCCAAAUCUCAGGUGUCUGAGGAAGAAGGCAAAGAAGUAGAGUCAGAUAAAGAAAAAGGUGAAGGAGGUCAGAAAGAGAUAGAAUUUGGAACCAGUCUUGAUGAAGAGAUCAUUUUAAAGGCCCCAAUUGCAGCUCCUGAACCUGAACUCAAAACAGACCCAUCUUUGGAUCUUCAUUCGUUAAGCAGUGCAGAAACACAGCCCGCUCAGGAAGAACACAGAGAAGAUCUAGAUUUUGAAACUAAGGAAGAAGAAGGAUUUGAAGAGUGCUCCAAAGUAGAAGUAAAAGAAGAAAGUCCUGAAUCAAAAGCAGAAAGAGAAUUAAAGGCUUCCCAGAAAUCAAUCAGAAGACACAGAAACAUGCACUGCAAGGUUUCUUUGUUGGAUGACACAGUUUAUGAAUGUGUUGUAGAGAAACAUGCUAAGGGACAAGAUUUGCUUAAACGAGUAUGUGAGCACCUCAACCUUUUGGAAGAAGACUAUUUUGGUCUAGCCAUUUGGGAUAACACAACCUCUAAGACAUGGCUGGACUCUGCCAAAGAAAUAAAAAAGCAGGUUCGUGGUGUCCCUUGGAAUUUUACAUUUAAUGUAAAGUUUUAUCCACCUGACCCAGCACAGUUAACAGAAGACAUAACAAGAUAUUAUUUAUGUCUUCAGCUUCGGCAGGACAUAGUUGCAGGACGUCUGCCUUGUUCCUUUGCAACGUUAGCAUUGUUAGGUUCUUAUACCAUCCAGUCUGAGCUGGGAGACUAUGACCCAGAACUCCAUGGUGUGGAUUAUGUUAGUGAUUUUAAACUGGCCCCAAAUCAGACCAAGGAACUUGAAGAGAAGGUCAUGGAACUACACAAGUCAUACAGAUCCAUGACUCCUGCUCAGGCUGACUUGGAAUUUCUUGAGAAUGCCAAAAAGUUAUCUAUGUAUGGAGUUGAUCUUCAUAAAGCAAAGGACUUGGAGGGAGUGGAUAUCAUCCUAGGUGUCUGCUCUAGUGGCCUUCUGGUUUACAAAGAUAAGCUGAGAAUUAACCGUUUUCCUUGGCCCAAAGUGCUGAAGAUUUCUUACAAACGUAGCAGCUUUUUCAUCAAGAUUCGGCCUGGAGAGCAAGAACAAUAUGAAAGUACCAUUGGAUUCAAACUUCCCAGUUACCGAGCAGCUAAGAAAUUAUGGAAAGUCUGUGUAGAACAUCACACAUUUUUCAGACUGACAUCUACAGACACCAUUCCCAAAAGCAAAUUUCUUGCACUGGGAUCCAAAUUUCGAUACAGUGGCCGGACCCAGGCUCAGACUAGACAAGCUAGUGCUCUCAUUGACAGGCCUGCCCCACACUUUGAGCGUACAGCAAGCAAACGGGCGUCUCGGAGCCUUGAUGGAGCAGCAGCUGCUGAUUCAGCAGACCGAAGUCCUCGGCCCACCUCUGCACCAGCCAUUGCUCAGAGUCAGGUCACAGAAGGCGGUGUCCCAGGAGCAUCUGUCAAAAAAACAGUGGCCCCCAAAGCACAGAAGGAAACAGUGAAGGCUGAAGUGAAAAAGGAAGAAGAGCCACCUGAGCAAGCUGAGCCAGAGCCCACAGAAGCAUGGAAGGUGGAAAAAACCCACAUCGAGGUCACAGUACCCACCUCAAAUGGUGACCAAACACAGAAGCUUGCAGAAAAAACUGAAGAUCUGAUAAGAAUGAGGAAGAAAAAGAGAGAAAGACUAGAUGGUGAAAACAUUUAUAUCAGACAUAGCAAUUUAAUGUUGGAGGAUUUAGAUAAGAGUCAAGAAGAGAUCAAAAAGCAUCAUGCCAGCAUCAGUGAGCUGAAAAAGAACUUCAUGGAAUCUGUACCAGAACCACGGCCUAGUGAAUGGGAUAAACGUUUAUCCACUCACUCGCCCUUCCGAACGCUUAACAUCAACGGGCAAAUCCCCACAGGCGAAGGAGUGAAGAAAACCUCUGUCCUUCACUCGGAAAGAAAGGUUGGUGGGCCAGAGAGUAUAAAUGGCAUUCGCACAGAGGAGGUGGCUGUCGUGACAAAGGGGCCAUCUACUAAUCCAGACUCUGAAUGGGAGGGCCCCAAGCAAUCAGUAGUUCCUAGUAAGAGCCAGAUUCCCACCCGGUCGAAGUCGCCACAAAGCUUUGCCUUUGGCUCCCUCUCCAUAAGCAGCAAGGAGACAGAAGAGAAGGAACAGGGGGCAGCUGUGUCUCUUGAUAUUAAGGAGAUGCCAAGAGGCCCAAAUGGGGAAUGUAUAGGAGUGGAGGAACGGGCCAGUGCCUUAAAGUUCUCAGUAACACCAGCUUCCUGUCAGCUGCAACUUGGUGAAAAAAAGUCAGAGAAUAGUGAAGAACCAGGAGAGCUACUUGGAAAACAAAAUGGAUCAUUUCUUGAUUCUCGUGUGGGUAACCAGUUCCCCACCCUCAUUCGAAGUUUCCAGCCUCCCCUGGUGAAGACUCAAACUGUCACCAUCUCAGACACUGCCAAUGCUGGGAAAAGUGAAAUCCCGACCAAGGAUGUUCCUAUUGUCCACACUGAGACCAAGACCAUCACUUACGAGGCUGCCCAGACUGACGACAGCAAUGGGGACUUGGACCCAGGCGUUUUGCUGACAGCUCAGACCAUCACAUCUGAGACCACAAGCAGCACCACCACAACUCAGAUUACCAAGACUGUAAAAGGUGGGAUUUCAGAGACUCGGAUUGAGAAGAGAAUUGUGAUCACAGGAGAUGCCAAUAUUGACCAUGACCAGGUCCUUGUACAAGCCAUCAAGGAGGCGAAGGAACAGCACCCAGACAUGUCAGUGACCAAGGUGGUCGUCCAUCAAGAGACCGAGAUUGCUGAGGAUUGAGCUCAGGUAGAGGAAGGAACUAUCCUACCCCUAACUCUCUGCCCUUCUCCCAUCUAAGAGAAACCAGCGAAAUGAUAAAGAAGCUACUAAUCUGCAAUAGACUUCAGACUUUCAAGAUUAUUCUAAACCACCAGAAAAUUAAUUUCAUUUUCUAUUUGGAGUUUAUACAAAGAGAUUCUUCUAGAUAUCACUGAUGCUUUUGAAGACCUUUUUCUAUAUUGUGAUAUCAGAUAUUCUUCAACUUUUCACUUUAUGGACUGUUUUAAAAGAGUUUUUGGUUUUUUACAGGGUGGCUUGUGACCCCUUCAGCCUAGCCUCUGCCCAUGUAUUUCCAAGCCCAAUACUGACAGGGUCCACAGAAUUCUUCAGGAAACCCUCCAAAGACUCUGUCAGCUGUGUUGGAGGCCAAAGCCAGCACAGUGGAAGGAACUUCCACGCUCCUCCCCUAGUCUUAUAGCCUUUGGACGACAGCAGAAACUUUAUGAACCAGUUCUUUCUCAGAGCCAAUGAUGUGACUUUACUAAAAUGUCAGGCAGGGUGACUGCCCUGACCCACAGACCCCAGAAAAAUAUCCCUGUCCCUUUAUUAAGGGUGGUUUUGGUAAGGCAGAGACCUAUGCUAAGAAUGUAAUAUUUUUCCUUCCUCUCCUGUUUUUUUUUUUUUUUCGGAGUUUCUUUGGGUCAAAGACAUAAGAAAUUGCUUAAGUUAUAUCUGAUACUGUGAAUGUUUGACCAUUUCUGUGGCCUUCACCUCUCCAUCUGCCCUCUUACCUCAGCAGCAGCAGUGGCUCCGCUAAGUGCUCCUCCAGCUCCCAUCUCAGGAGAACAAAACUCACGAAAAAGUAGGGACUUUUGGCCAAAAGCUUAAUGGAACAUUUUUAGUGGUGAUUUGCAGAAGGAAAUGUAAUGAGGUUUUUAAAAUAAGGUUUUCUAGUUCUGAGAGUGUGCACUUCACAUAGGGAAAAGGUGGUUUACCUCAAUCAGAUCCUAAGAAGUAUUUCCAGGUGACCAUCCCUGGGCCUCUUUCAUCCCGAAUGAUAAGGAAUGUGGCUCAGAGAGGAGGUUCUGUUCUUUGACCUUUCUUCUUGCAACAGGCACCUGCUGAGGACACCCUUCUGGAGCAAGGGAAUUGGCUUCUAGGGCAUCCCUCCCCACAUGAGUUAGGGUGUCCUCCCCAGGACACCACAUGACAAGGGGCACAAGCUCCAGUGCCACUCCCACUCACCAUUGAAGGUCUGUCAGGUUUUAUAGGCUUGAUUUUGUAGUGGGUUUUGGACUUAGUUUCUCUUCUUUUUCAUUUCCUUCUUUCUUCUCCUCUUUCUUUUCGUUUUGGUUUUGAAAAUGAGAACUGAUGUUCCUGGUUCCUUGAAAGGAUUUGGGGGCAUUUUUAUUCAAUAGGGCUUCUCUGAUGUUCCAGUUGCUUCCUACAAACAGAUCUGCCUCGAGGCUUCUUAGAAUCCUAAUUCUAGGCUAGAAGUGAAUUUCAUGAGAUAGACAGUGGGUCUGGGACAGCAGUCCCUGGGGGCUCAGGGGCAGUGAGCAAGAGAGAAGUCUAAACCUCUGCUCCUGAUACUGGGAGCAGGAGGCAGGCGUCCAAAGUCUCUACUAGAUGACUUUUGUUUGGUUUACACAAACUCAGCUGGUUUGAACUGAUUUCGGGUGUGUGCAUUUUUCUUUUGGUAUCCAGGUGACACUGUUACUACCAAUAGGAGGGAAGGGAAGAGCACAGGUGAGAUGUAGGACAGACAGGGAAAGGAGGUUGUCCUAUCUCAGGAACAAACCAGAGCUCCUGGGGCUCCCAAAGCUGAAACCUGUGGAAAGAAGCAGAUGGGGGACAGGAAGAGGGCACAGUGCAGCCAUUUAAAAACUUGGCAUACUGAGUAAUCUGCCAUCCAGAUCAAUGUGGCAGCUUUCACAGCACAGGACCAUGGGGGGUGGGGGGAGGAGUGCUGAACUUUCCCUCAGCUGUUACCGGCUCACUUGUCUCUCCUUCCUCGUCUCUAACUGGACCAGCCCUGAGCAGCCACGAUUUGGACAAGCCCAGCAAGAUGGGUGUCCUUCCAGGCCUCUUCCCCUUUCCUCCGUCUCUGGCAACAGAACUUGGGAUUUGGCGAUUGUUUGGAUUUUUUUUCUUUCUGCAGUUGUGUGUGUAUGUGAAGAAAACAGACUCUGUCCAGAUAGAAAUGGUGAAGAGGGAGAGGAGAGUUACAUUUCCAGGGUCAGAAACUUGGCAACAAUUUUCCUAAAGUGACUCAGACACACCACAGUAACAACUCUCACUGCAGUUUUAUUUUCACUUGAGAAAUAAAAUUUGCUCCAAACCACAUGAGGUCUCUGGCACCCACCCACAAAGCAAGACCUGUAUCCAAAAGCCGAGGGCUCAGGGAGCCUAACUAACUGCAGGGACCUGGCAGGGCACCUUUGCCUGGCCCCUCCCUGAGGCCCAUCACUGUGUUGGGGGAAGCCUACCCGUGGCUGGGGGUGAGGAGACAACAGUCCACCUUGCAAAUGGAACCAGAGCUGUGGCCUAACCAGCACCCCUUGAUGCUCAUGGGAAAUCUCUGCCCAGGAUCUCAGCCCCAGGCUGGUUGUUUUUACAGAUCUCUCAAAUGUAUUAUUUUGGUGACAAAAAUGAAGGAACUUUGUAAAUUUUUAAAAAAAUUAUGAAUCAUAUCAAGUAGUUUACAUUUCUUGAUAAAAUAGGAACUAUGGCAGCAGAAUCAAAGUGGCAAAAUCCUUAGAUUACAUAGGAAAUAGGUCUGCUGUUCUGGCCUUUUGUAGGAGAAGUAGCUGUAGUGUUUAGGUAUGUGUUUGGUCUUGCUUCUUGUAUUGCAUUUUUCAAUAAACAUUAAAAAAAGA